AUGGCCAUUCCAAAGACCUCCAGAGCCUACCGACGCAGCAAGGGCAGCGAUCUCAAGACCCUCGAACCAAUCACAGAAAAGAUCCCGUCCUCCCUCAAGCCUCAUGAAGUUCUCGUUCAGAUCCAUACUGUAUCACUAAACUAUAGAGAUGUUGCUAUGUUGCACGGCAAAUAUCCUAUCAAGUUUCUUGACAGAGGUAUCCCCGCCUCAGACUGCGCAGCUGAAGUUGUUGCAGUUGGGUCUGAUGUUAAGGACUUUGAGAUUGGGGACCAUGUUGCACCUAUCUUUGACGUGAAGAAUAUCAACGACGACGAGGAAGAUAAAGCUGCGUUGGGAGGGCAUAUCGAUGGAGUGUUGCGCCAGUAUGCGGUUUUCGAUAGGAACGUAUUAUUCCAUUUGCCCAAAUAUUUAUCUUGGGAGGAGGCAGCGUGUAUCACCUGCGCCGGUACCACGGCAUGGAGAGCAUUGUCAAUGCCUCGUUCCACAGGCACCGCUCUGCUCCAAGGCACCGGAGGUGUAAGCAUGUUCGGCCUCCUCAUCUGCCUUGCGGCCGGAAUUCGCCCAAUCAUCACCUCUUCAUCCGACGAGAAACUAGAACGAGUGAGAGCCCUAGGAAAACCGGGAGUGGUUGACACCAUCAACUAUCGAACCCACCCUGACUGGGAGAAUGAAGUACUCCGCCUCACCAACGGCCGUGGGGUUGAUUAUGUUAUUGAGACUGUUGGACCGAGAACGAUAGCUCAGAGCAUUACAUCUCUCGCCCGGAGAGGGUCUAUUACCGUAGUGGGAUUCCUGGGAGGAUUCGACAUCAAGAGCUUCCCUGACACAAUCACACCUCUCUUAACCAAGACCGCAACCAUAAGAGGUGGCGCCGUAGGCUCAAAAACUGACCACCAGAACCUAUCUAAUUUCUUGUCAGAGAAGAAAAUCAGUUUAAAGCCCAUUCUUGAUAACACCGUCUUUACUUUCGACGACUCACAGGCAGCCUUUGAUUACCUAUAUGACGCCAAACAUAUGGGCAAAGUAGUCAUCAGGAUAUGA